AUGCCGCCGCGAAUACCAGCUUUGUCGUGCCUGCGGGCGCCGACAUCCUCAUCCGUGUCAUACCAACUCACCCUGCCCAUUCGAACUUUCGCCUCCACAUCGCGAGUUCACGCCGAAUCAAUUGAGCGACAGAAGAAACGCCUUGCCAAUGACCCGUACAUAGUCGCCCAGCGGAACAGGAAGAAGGCUGCCAACCUCACGCGCCGCGCUGAGCUCGAACAAGGCCGGGUUGCCAGUCUUGGAGACCCUGUCCGUGGCGUUUCCACACCAUUUGUGCAGUCGUUCGAUACUGGAAAGCCGAUUGAACACGAACAAGGCAAAAACGUACCAAAGGACCAGAAGCACCUUAACUAUGCCUUCGAUCCCGAAACCGUUUACCAGCAGCUCCAGAAGAGCCAAGAAUUAGCUGUGCCGCUGAGCGACGUUGAAAAGCACACCACACCUGCAUCUACCCAAUGGAGCAGUGACAUAUAUGGUGGAAGGAUAACGGAAAUCGAGAAAUCGGCUGAAGAGAUUGGAGAGCAAAAUAAGAAGGAUCAUGCCCGAGCCGCUGAGGCCAUCGCCCGUAUUACGGCCCUUGAAAACGGGUCGAGCAAAGAUCGUAUGCGUGUGAACAUCUCACGUUGUAUCGAGACAUUUGGACGCCACAAGACCGACAAAAUAUUUCCACCCAAGGCCCCAUCGCUGAGUCGGUCUGGUGCUGAUGAAACACGCGUCGUCCGCCCAGAGACAAACAAAGCAGCAGCCGCGAAGCGAGUCGGACCCGAUACAGGCUCUUCCGAAGUCCAGAUUGCCAUCUUGACCGCCAAGAUCAAAACCCUGGCAGAUUUCUUACAGUCAAGAGGAAAGGGCGACAAGCACAACAAGCGAAACCUGCGGCUGCUGGUGCACAGGAGGCAGAAGCUGUUACAAUAUCUGAGAAGGAAGGAAAGAGGCGGCCCGAGGUGGCAGCAUUGCAUUGAAACGCUUGGGUUGACUGAGGGCACCUGGAGAGGCGAGAUAUCCUUGUGA